AUGGAUGUGGAAAAGAUGCAAGAAGAGUUCCAGAAAUCCUUGGAAGCUACGACUGAGUAUCCCAAGGGGGGGAAAGUUUCAUCCAAACCCUCUCAAGAGCUGCUAUUUGAGGAGAACUUCCAGAAAGGUCAAAGUCAGGACAUCACACCAGAGAGUGGAAAGCUGUCUGUGGAAUUUGUAGACUCACCUCCUCUUUGUGGUGGAGCUGAAGGAUUGGCUGAACCUCUACUUCAGGAUGUUGUGUCUUUUGAGGAAGUGGCCGUGUAUUUCUCCAAGGAGGAGUGGUCUCAGCUGGACCCUGCCCAAAAAGCUCUCCACGGAGAAGUCAUGCUGGAGAAUUCCAGGAAUCUGGAUUCUCUGGGCUUUAAUGGGCAAGAAAAUAAGAAUUGCAAGGAAGAAUGCCAAAUGAUCCAUUCAAAAGAGGGAAAAGGGAAGUUUCCAGAUCAGAUACAGCCAAAGAGUGAUGAAACAAAGAAAUCACAAAGUGGAAUGAAAAAAGGCUUUCCGAGGGUCAGUUGGCUUCAUAACCAUACAAGCAUUGAUACGAGAGAAGAACCAUAUAAAUGCAUGGAGUGUGGAAAGAGUCAUGAAAGAAAUCACAAAGGAGAAAGACUUUAUAAAUGCAUGGAGUGUGGAAAGACCUUUACUUGUAGCAGUGGUCUCAGUUACCAUAAGAGGAUCCACACUGGAGAGAAGCCAUACCAGUGCCUGGAAUGUGGAAAGACCUUUACUUGUGGCAGUCAUCUCAAUACCCAUAAGAGGAUCUACACUGGAGAGAAGCCAUAUCCAUGCAUGGAAUGUGGAAAGACCUUUACUUGUAGCACUAACCUCAAUUCCCAUAAGAUGGUCCACACUGGAGAGAAGCCAUAUCAAUGCAUGGAAUGUGGAAAGAGCUUUACUUGUAGCAGUCGUCUCAAUUCCCAUAAGAGGGUCCACACUGGAGAGAAGCCAUAUCAAUGCAUGGAAUGUGGAAAGACCUUCUCUUAUAAGCACUCUCUUACAAUCCAUCAUAGGACUCACAAAGGAAAAAGACCUUAUAAAUGCAUGGAGUGCGGAAAGACCUUUACUCGGAGCAGUAAUCUUAAUUCCCACAAGAGGAUCCACACAGGAGAGAAGCCAUAUCAAUGCCUGGAAUGUGGAAAGACCUUUACCUAUAGCGGUAAUCUUAAUUCCCACAAGACGGUCCACACAGGAGAGAAGCCAUAUCAAUGCAUGGAAUGUGGAAAGAGCUUUACCUGUAGCAGUAGUCUCAGUUCCCAUAAGUGGAUCCACACUGGAGAGAAGCCAUAUCAAUGCCUGGAAUGUGGAAAGUCCUUCUCUUGUAAUUACUCUCUUACAAUCCAUCAUAGGAAUCACAAAGGAAAAAGACCUUAUAAAUGCAUGGAGUGCGGAAAGACCUUUACUCGGAGCAGUAAUCUUAAUUCUCACAAGAGGAUCCACACAGGAGAGAAGCCAUAUCAAUGCAUGGAGUGUGGAAAGACCUUUACCUAUAAAAGUAAUCUUAAUUCCCACAAGACGGUCCACAUAGGAGACAUGCCAUAUAAAUGUGUGGAAUGUGGAAAGGGUUUUAGGUGGAAGUGUGCUCUUAUCUCCCACAAGAGAAGCCACACAGGGGAGAAGCCAUAUCAAUGCAUGGAGUGUGGGAAGAGCUUUGCCUGGAGUCACACUCUUUCUUGGCAUAGAAGGAUCCAUCCAUACACGGGAAAAACCAUAUCAAUAAAAGAAGUGUGAGAAGAACUUUGAAAGAAAAA